AGUGUCGGAUGAAAAAGGAAAGGAGAAAAAAAAAAGGGAAAAAUGAUGCAAUAGAAAGAACAGUGAUGUUUUAUACGGUCCACAAAAAGGCAGUGACGGUUCAAAACCAUGAGGGAGUACCUAAUUCCGGUUUGUACACGUCAUGAUUCUUUGAAGAACGAAAAAAAAAAGAGUACGAAAUACGCUUCAAUUCAACGAUCUCUCCAAAUUUCUUUUGUUGUUUUCCUGAUCCAUACGCUAUGUUUUCCUCCACUAUAUAAAAGCAGACGGGUUUUGAACUGGGAAGUGAGAAGUUGGUAAUAAUAGGCCAGGAACGAUUGAAAAUGGAAGCGAAAGCGAACGGACCGAGUGUGAAUGCGGGUCGGGUCAUGGACGGGCCGACGAACCCGAUGGUCACUCCUCUUUUAACCGAUCUUUAUCAGUUCACCAUGGCUUACGCUUAUUGGAAAGCCGGCAAACACAACGACCGAGCCGUGUUCGAUCUAUAUUUUCGAAAGAAUCCGUUUGGUGGUGAAUUUACAGUGUUUGCUGGUUUGGAAGAAUGCAUAAAGCUCAUUGCUAAUUUCAAGUUAACCGAGGAAGAGAUUUCCUUCAUCUGUGAAACCUUGCCUGGUUCAUGUGAGGAAGGCUUUGUCAAGUAUCUAAGAAAUAUUGACUGUUCUGAUGUUGAAGUUUAUGCUAUUUCGGAGGGAACAGUUGUUUUCCCAAAGGUGCCCCUGCUUCGAGUUGAAGGACCAGUUGCUGUGGUUCAAUUGUUGGAGACUCCAGUUCUGAAUCUUGUAAAUUUUGCGUCCUUGGUGGCUACAAAUGCGGCUAGACACAGACUUGUUGCUGGAAAAUCUAAAAUGUUGCUUGAGUUCGGGCUUCGACGAGCUCAGGGACCUGAUGGCGCUAUUUCAGCAUCAAAGUAUUGUUAUAUUGGAGGCUUUGAUGCUACAAGCAAUGUUGCUGCUGGGAGGUUAUUCGGGAUACCUCUUCGUGGGACACAUUCCCACGCUUUUGUUAGCUCAUUUAUGAGCCCUGAUGAGAUCCUAGAGAGAUCGCUGCAUAGGUCUGAUGGUUCAAGUACUUGUGAGGACUUUGUCAGUCUUGUUCAGUCAUGGUUAAGCAAAAUACAGUGGUCAAAAAAACUUGGUAACAGUGUUGGUGAGACCAAUCAGAGUGAAUUAGCAGCUUUCACCUCAUAUGCCUUGGCGUUUCCUAACAACUUCCUUGCUCUUGUAGAUACAUAUGAUGUAAUGAGGAGUGGAGUCCCCAACUUUUGUGCAGUUGCUUUGGCACUUAAUGACUUGGGUUAUAAAUCAGUUGGCAUUAGAUUGGACUCCGGUGACCUAGCAUACUUGUCUGGUGAAGCCCGAAAGAUCUUUCAAAUAAUUGAAAAAGAAUUUGGGCUGCCCGGUUUUGGAAAGACAAGCAUUACUGCUAGUAAUGAUUUGAAUGAGGAAACUCUUGACGCACUAAACAAGCAGGGUCAUGAGGUGGAUUGUUAUGGAAUAGGAACCUAUUUGGUCACUUGCUAUGCUCAAGCAGCUUUAGGUUGUGUUUUCAAGCUUGUUGAGAUCAAUAAUCAGCCACGCAUCAAACUUUCAGAGGAUGUAUCCAAGGUCUCUAUACCAUGCAAAAAACGAUGUUACAGGUUAUAUGGAAGGGAAGGAUAUUCACUGGUGGAUAUAAUGACAGGGGAAAAUGAACCAUGUCCAAAGGUGGGAGAACGUAUUUUAUGUCGCCACCCUUUUAAUGAAUCCAAAAGAGCAUAUGUGGUACCACAGCGCGUGGAAGAGCUUCUGAAGUGUUACUGGCCUGGGAAGUCAGGUAAAGUAAGAGAAGAGUUACCAGCUCUCAAGGACAUUAGGGACCAUUGCAUCAAACAGCUUGAGCAAAUGAGGCCUGAUCACAUUAGGAGAUUAAACCCCACACCAUACAAGGUGAGUGUAAGUGCAAAACUGUAUGAUUUCAUCCAUUUUCUAUGGCUGAAUGAGGCACCUGUUGGGGAGCUGCAGUGAGAAUCCGAGACAAAGGAAAAGAGGCGUUUUGGAGGAACUUCUUUAACAUAGAUUUUCAUGCAUUAAAUUAUUGUCUUAAACCUUGAUGACUACUAAUAAUCCGUUAUAUUUUCACAAUGCAUAGUGAAAUGAAUGAUUGCGUUUUCUCUGCUUUGCAAA